AUUUUUGUUUUGAUGUUAAACUUAUUCAAAACUUUAAAGUUUUUAUUUUAUUAAUCGAAGUGUAGUAAAUGUAUCCUGUUUAUGUGAUCUGUAAAAUUUACGAAAAAUCUGGAUUUUUGUCUCAAUAUGGGUGAUAAUAAAAAAAGAAAGAGCAGCAGUUUUCGCAAAAUAUUUCCAUUUUUCACAAAAAAAUGUAAACAGAAAUAUGACGAUAUUCCUCAUAUUUCCAAGAGAUCGAGUCACAAUCAAGUCUGCAAUCAAUAUUACAAUCCACAGUCUGUGAUAAAAGAUAAUAAAGAAAAUGUUUCGGAGCAAACUGAAGCGAUAUAUGAAAAUCUCUCUGUACCAUGUACUGUAGCGCAAAGCUAUAAAGAUAAACAAAGUACGAAAGAUUCUAAAACGCGUUUUCACAAUAAUGAUAAUUGGUAUCAACAUCAAGGUACUAGUUACCCACAAGAAUUAUCAUUACAAAAUAGCCAUGAUACAAAGUCAAGUGAUUUAAGGCGAUAUCCUGACACAUACUAUCACUCUCUAGAUAAGUUACCAAGUAACACACUUCCUGUAGAUGAAAUAGAAAUAUACAAAGCAUCGCAAUUUCAAACAAAUCCAGAAUCAGUUGGGGCUGAAAUAAAACGUGUAAGCACCAAGUUCCUAAUUUCUCCGAAAAAAGAAGCCGAGGUUCGUACAAUUCAACCAACCAGGGCGCGCAGUUUGUCCCUUAGUAAAAAUAGACUUGUCCAGCAACCAGACCUAUCAAGAACAUACUACGAAAAUCGUGAUGUAGGUAAACCCUACCACUAUUCUGCGCCAACCUCUCCUAUCGCGGUUGGUCAUCGAAUACCAUGUAUGCCACUAACUCACUCGCCCUACGAAAGUUUAAAAAAAAAUAUGCUCGAAGCAGAAGAGGGCCGAAAGUCGUUUAGUCGAACGAGUAUUCAAUCAAAAUCUUCAGCCCCGCCAAUCGAAAUGAAUAAGGACGUUAAAGAAACGGCUCGACUUAAAGUAGAAGCGUUCUAUUGGCAAAAAAUCAAGGAGUUAAAAGUUCAAGAAGAUGAGUAUAUAUUGAAGCAAACAUUGAACAAUAUGUUACCUUCUCCGAAUGCUAACACAUAUUCAAACUGCAGCUCUCCAAGUUCGUUUAUGAUGAACUCCAAAAGUUGUAGCUUACCACAAGAUGUAAGACGGCGGAAUAAUUUUAUUAUGUCAAAUAAUUAUUUACACCUAAAUCCACCAUUCACUCGAGGUGUUUCGGAACGGCGAACUGAUAGUUUUGUAAGAAAAUCGAACAACGCAGAGUUUAAUGACUACUACCAUCAAAAAAGAACAUCGACGCCAAUAAUUCUUGAAAAUAAAUUAUACACAAAUGUAGUUACAUCCAAUACCCAAAAGGUACAGAAGUGUGUAAAUUGCACUUCACAUCAAACAAUAAUGGCUGGCAGAUUUAGUAAUCAAAGCAUUAGUGCGGGAUGCCCUCAACCACCCAUUCGUACAUCCAGUGUCAGAAGCUCUUCAUCAACUUACAGAAAAAAUGAAUCGGUACGGACUGGCGGAAGAGCGCUUUAUUUUGGGUCGGAGAGCGGUUCAGACGCUGGUGAAACAAAGUUGUUGCCGAAGGAUAUCUAUAAAGAAGAAGACUGGCAAGCAGAUGGCAGAAUUGAUGGAGGGUUAUCUGAUGGAGAAGCAACCCGUUCAGCCCCACGAAGCCGGUCUUCUCGUCGCGAUGAUCCGAGACGCCAUACACUCGCUGGAAAUCAUUUAUACCUCCAUUCUCAUCAUCCUGGAGAUCUUAAUAAUUCUGAGCUUGAACCACCAUUACCAAGGGGUUAUCUUCCGCAAAUGUUGUAUUACGACGAUGAUCCCGGUGUUAUGUCAGAGGUUGAGACUUCCUCUACUGGGUUUAGACGCGGAGGAAAGCAAAGAUCAUCAUUACCAGUGGUUCGCACACCUAGUAAGACACUCGAAAGACCCUUAGGUCUUGUGUUUUUACAAUACCGCAACGAGACUAAAAGGGCUCUUCUACCGAAUGAAAUCACAUCGCUCGACACAGUAAAAGCUUUAUUUGUACGAAGUUUUCCGAAGCAGCUCACAAUGGAUUACUUAGAUAGUCCAUUAGUCAAGGUUUAUAUACAUGACAGCUCAAAGGACAUGUUCUAUGAACUAGAAGACCAUAGGGCCCAUCUUCGGGACAUCAGGGACCGAUCCGUUCUUCGUUUGUUUGAGUCUAAAGAUUUAAACGGUGGCGUCUUUCCUGGAGCUCUGGGUGUUGGUUCAGUCAGGCUUCCAGCGCUAGCCGCCACCAAUUCAUCAAACGCUAAUUUGGAGGAUUCAAGUACAUACUUCAGCGAGCCAGAAAUCGAUUCCGAUCACAUUCACAACAUCCACAAAGCAAAGACGAAGCCCCCAGCAUACUACAUGGGUCCGGCGGCGCCUAGCACUUUACCAAGAGGGGGCACAGUACUUCGUGCUUUCUCACCGGCAGCACCGCCAGUUCCAGCUGAUCGUGGGAAGACCAUUCCUCCAGCAGGUCCACCGGUCAAGCCAGUUCGCUCCUACGUUCCAGGCACUGGCUCUGAGAGGUGUUUUCCAUUCUCCGCCAGUGAUUGCCCCCGGGGUACAGAUCAACUUUACACAAUCCCUGCAGCACACUCAAGCGAGGGUUACAUGUCAUCCCCUGAACGCAGUUCCGCUAGAAUACCUUACGAAGAUCCAUACUAUACGCAGUUCUUGGGUCCAGCGGGCUCAAGACCUGGAAUCAAUCCUAUUAUCGACGAGGAGUCAAGUGAUGGUGUUGUUAUUGAUGACUCGUACCAAAUGUAUGGCGUUAAUGCUAUCACAACCGCGCCACGUCCAAUGCCGAGGCCCCCUUACGACGCCAGGUUGGGUCCACCCGUUGAUGAUAUGCAACGUCUAAGAGUAGAAAAAAUGGAAAGACAACUCGCAAAUCUUACUGGACUAGUCCAAAAAGCUCUUCAGGUACCUGGAAGCACACCACCACCCGCGGUGGCUCCUAGGCAAGAAUUUCAUCCGCCACGUGCUAAUCAAGAUGCCGGACAUUUUGCCAGCACCGAGAGACCUCCCAAAUUGGGGAGGGACAGAUUUCAGAAAUCUGUGUCGUUCGAGAAAUCGGUAUCAUUCAGCGAUGAUCCUCCAGACAUGAAUUCACCGAAACAGCAUUCUCCUCAGCAUGCAGCUGAUACAAAACCAACAAAACCGGCAAUCAAGUCAUCCACAUUGCCGAGGACAUCAUCACAAGAACGCGAUCGACAUAAGCCAGCACCACCACCUAAACCAGCUGGGCUUGUUAGUCAGCCGUUGGCAUUAGUUCCUCAAAAGACCUAUACGGUCACCGUAACACCGGACUUCUUUAGCGAGCUCCAUCAUCUACAAAAACAGAGCCGAGAUCUCAGAAUAGAGACUCGUAACCUACGUCGUACCACAUUAUCUCACGCGAUGCAGAUGAGACAAAUGAUGGCUGAUACUAUAGUGAAAAUUGGUACACUCGCUGCAAGGUUUUGUGAGGAAGACCCGGAAUCUCAAUUAACGCGAGAGGAAGAAAUUUACCGUCAAGACAUGCUUUUGUUAGAAAAUGACUUAUAUGAAUUAGAAGCAACCGUAGAGCGGCUUCGCGGACAGGCUGCUAAUAGAUUGGAAACUCGAGUCAACAUGGCGGACAUUGAACGCAUUGCAAUGGUUCUAUCGAAGAGUAGCAAAACUGUCGCUGACUGGAAGUUGAAGUUUCCCGUUCUUCAGGAAACAAUGAAGGUGAAACUAGCAGCUGAAAUGGAAAAGGUGGUGCGUAAAGAGAAGAUGCUAGAAGAAGAACCAGAGCGGUUAGAGUUGGCAUUGCGUCGGUGUAAGAAACUAACUGGGACUCUUGUUACUUUAAAAAGCCAGCUAGCAGCUAAUACAAGAUUGGCAUGUGUACAAGAACAACGUCUACCAAUGAGCGAUGGACGUGUUUCACCAACUUCCUCUCAAAGUUCUACCACCGCUGGACCAUCUUCUGAGGAAUAUCACUCUGAAUCAACUUGCCACGUCUCACAGGCUAACAAGGCAGCCGGCGGCGGGCGAGUGUGUACGUCCCGGGGAACAACGGACGUGCGGCCAGAGAACGCCCUCGAUGCGCUACUAGACGAGCUGCAGACGUUUGCCAAACCCGCAGAGCGGAGCGGCAGAGGCGACGGGCCUCUCAGAAGGCUGCAUUCGUAUCCCAGCGGAAGCGACACGGACGCCUCGCCGCCUGUUCGUGCCCGCGGGCAGCAUCCUCCCAAGCCACCAGUUCCCGAGAGACAUCCAGAGUUGCUCGCAAUGGCUGCGCGCCGAGCCCCGCCGCCCCCACCGCCCCGCACCACAUCCCGCUCGCCCCUCGCUUCGCCCACUUCGCCCCCCUCGCCACCCUGCACUGACAUGACCGAACAAAACGACACAAACGCCCAAGCGCGUCAGUCUCUUCUCGAACAACGGCACCAAGAACUACUCAAAAAACAAAAGGCUCUCCAAGAACAAUACGCCCGCUUGCAAAUGAUACAACGUAGCGGACCCACGUUGCCUAUUACUGCCCAUCCAGACUUAAAGAAGACUGGUAGUGAAUCCAAUUUACUUACCAAAAUGAACUUCAAUCUGGCCCCGGCUAGCAUAUCGGGCAGCAUGACACACUUAGCUGGCGAUAGUGAGAGGAAAAGAAGCAAUAGUACCGAGACGCCUUCCUCACAUGAUAAAUGCGACUCGAUUGCCACCACAAACAAAGUAUAUGAGACUGACAUUCUGUGACCGUGUAAUUGUUGCGUUAUAUCAGUUUAAACUUUGUAGUUGUUUUAUAUAGUAUUCGAUACGUCACACAACACUUCCUUCGUAUGUAAGAAAUUGUAAGAACUGAUCCUAAUCUUCCACGACGUUGACCUUUCCUCUUCCUUGCUAGAACUCCAUGUAUACCUAGUUUAGUAUUAGGAGUAUUAUUGUCUAUGUAUCUUUACCUUUACCUUUAGAUAAUUUCGAUCCGCUAUACAAACGACAAGGCAAGUUUUACUGGAACAUGAUUUAAAUAAAUUUUAUAACAACAGUAACUUUUAAGGAACCCUAAAAUUACGUAAACAUAACGUGGCUGUUAAUCGGUGUUUAAUCCAUAGUAUAAGAAUUAUAAGUGAUAGGUGAAAUUUUACAUCACAAUAUUUUCUUAUUUAUUUUCCAAUAUUUUAUUAUAAUUGAGGUGAUUCGUGGCUAAUUAACGAAAGUAGUUUAAUGUCUAACACGCUUUAUAUAUCACUUUUAAAUAUAAUUAUCAUAACUAUGCACACUUUUGUAGGAACAUCAGGCCUAAAACCAGUUAUUUUGCAAUAUUCAUAAUUCCUUUUAAAUUAAAAAGACUCAUUCAAAAUUUCAGCUAUAAAAUUUAAUACGCCGUUGUAUGCAAACGUUAAUUUUACUGUUGUAGGGUUCUAAAUAAUAAGUACCGUUUUUGAAAUACCACAAUUAACACCCUAAAAUGUUGUUGUUAUAUUCACCAUAUUGCCAUAGACUAAUGUGUUACUCAACUAAAACGGUCUUAUUAGAUUUUUGCGUUUAAAUUAGUAUUAUCAAACUCAUAGCGUCUCUCUCUCUAUCUCUCUCUGUCAGAUUUCAUCACAGCGUAAAGAAAAAUGACUAUUUGAAACAGUGUAAGCAGACUGAUUUAGUUUUUGAAUACGAAGGAAUUAGGACUUAAUAUAAAUUCGGUUUUCAUACAUUUACUAAUAUGUAAUAACUAACAUAUUUUACUAAUAUACAUAAAUAUUUAGUCAUCUUAGACGAAAAUUUGCCUUUUCUAGUUUAAUUUAUAGUAUUUAAAAAAAUUUAAAGUGCCAGAAUACACCGUUUUUAUGCACUUAGAACUUGUUUAUUCGUUGAUUUUUUUAUCAGUAUUGAUUUUAAAUAAUUAGUUUAUAUUUUUAUUACUUAGGCAUUGCUUCAGUAUCUUACUUACAUCGCAUUAAAUGCAUAUGUUUUUAUGCGAGUUCCCAUUUGAGACUGACUGUGCUUGCACAGUAGGUAUGGGUUAUUAACUUGCACAUUGAAGUUUUAUAUACUUAAGUAUUUUACAACGAAAAUAAUAAAGCCAAGAAAAUAACUAUUUAAUAUUUUUGACGGUAACUAUUAACAUGCAAAAAUUUUAAAGAGUUUAUUUUAUAGUCGUUAUAUUUUAUUUUGUCGAAAUAUUCUUUAACGAGCAGAUUUGCAAUCGACAAUUAAAAUUACUUAAAUGUAUGCAAGAGUGAAAAUAUAGGUGUGGCUUUUCGUAAAAGCCUCGAAAACGAGCUUUAAAGCUUACAAGAUUGUCAAUCAAUUAUAGUACAUUGCUAUAUGAUAUUGUGUUGAAUCCUAUUAUUACUAGAAAACAGGCAUAUUUUCAGUCCUCGCGACUUAACAUACCAAAAUGAACAUUGCAUUAAUUAUUUGGUUGAAGCUGAAUUUUUCGUACUUUAAAUAUCUGUGAUAAGUGAAAAGUUACCUAGGCAAUGCAUAUGAAUUGAACGAUUAAUUAAAAGCUAUAUACCUUUUACUUUAAUUCUAUAUCGGAACCACACACAACGAUGUAUUUAUUAACUUUUUGACAAUGUACUCGCUGAAUUCCGUCAAUAAUAAUAAAUAGUAAUAAGUAUUAUUUUUUUCAUUUAUAAGCCAGCAUUUAUAGGGGUCUGAGGUGAUAUUGUAUAUUUAAUUUUUAGCUCAAAAUAUCGCAGUAGUCUCGGAAUAGGCUAGACAUACGAAAAGGACGUAAGUUUGUAUAUAUUAUGUGUGAAUAUUCACGCUUAUUGAUCUUUUAUAUUGAUUGAUGCACUAUAGCUGUAGAUACAAUUAUGCAAUAUCUGUAAAGGAAAACCUCUUUUGAACUUCACCAUACAAAGUGUAAUCAGAACGCUUCCGAAAACGAAACCAAAUGUUUAUAGAGUUCGAAAUAGUAUUUAAUGGCAAAAACAUCCUGCAAACGUCUUAAAUAGGAAGGUAAUAUUUUGUAUUUAUUCCUUAAGUAAUAAGGUUUUAUUGGUAUUACUUUUCGGAAGUCUCUAAUAUAGAAAUAUGACUUGACAUGCCUGUAUGACUUCUAAAAUUAUGGAUUCUUAUAAGUUCGCUAUUAAACUAUUCGUUCUAGUUGUUACGAGUUGGUUAUAUAAGUUCGCAUUUAAAUAUAACACAUUCCACAGAGCCACUAUACGAAACCUUCAUAUGAAAAGGGCAAAGUUAAAGGAGAAUUCUUAUUGUCUGUUUUGAAUCUGUAUACUAAAGUGUUCCAGUCGCUCGCCUCAGCAUAUUUUUACCAUCAUCUCAAACAACCCAUAUUAUAUAAAAUUAUCGAGCACAAACUUAUCUUCACUUAGAUUAAAUAAUUAGUGAAAUUAAUGAAACUAAUUUGUAUAAUAUUUGAUUAUAGACACAUCGUUUAAAAAUAAUGUGUUCAAUUUUUAUCAUAUGUCUAGUUUACGAUAAAGCUUUGAAAGCAACAGUCGGUGCUUUUAUGUAAAUAAUUAUUUCUGUAAUUAAAAUAAUAUUUGUUGUUUCGUUACGUUUUGGAUUGUAUUUUUUGCUUUGUUUUAUAAAAUUGUUUACCAUUUUAUGUUAAGUGCCUUCGAUGGCUCUCGACGAGAAAGAGGGCAUUUGGUGAUAACUAUGUUUAUUUUAUCUUUGUAUAUUUUUUGUAUACAUUCAUUAUGAAACGUAAAAAAUGUAUUUAUUAUUGACUUUCUUGUUAAAACGAUUGAAAUUAUUUGAAUAUUUUAAACUAUUUUGAUUUGUACAACAUUGUAAUAUGCUUAUAGAUAGAUGUCUAUCUGUUGUAAAAUAUACGAUUGUGUUCCCUUUAAGUAGUAAUGCACAUUAUUCACUUUAUAUUUAAGCUUAAUAUAAUGAAUUAACAACUACACCAAAUUUGUGUCUUUUGUAAUUUUCUUAGAUACCUAUUGAAAUUCGUAUUUAAACUGAACCGUGAGCACAGAUUCCAUUUAAUUUAGAUGAAAAUUUAACUUGUAAUCAUAGUUAUUUCUUUUUUUAACUUAAAGCGUAUAAACACCUCUUUUUAAAGUAGUUGAAUCCACAUCUUCAAAACCUAUAUUAGCUAGUAUGAAAUAAAGUUCACAAACUAAAACUACACUUUGCUGUUGCAAUUUAACUUGAAUAAUGAUAAAUAAAUACCCGACUGUGAGUUUGAUGUUAGCGCACUUUGGAAUAUUAUUUUUGAGAGAUUUUUAAUCUUCAAUGUAAAAUAUUUGAAGUUUACAUAUUAUUUUUAUAAAUCGUAUACCUACCUAUUACAUUUAGAUUGUACAAAAUAUUAUACGUCGUGAAAUGUUUGGAUAAUGCGUUUUAAACAUGAUGUUUAGUUUACCCAUUUUUACCACCGGUAUGGAAAAUAUUGGCAUUGCUAAGAUUAGUAAUUUUCGUAAAAAGGCUUAUAAUAUUAGAUUAUGGGCCAAUUGAAUGAAAAAUAUCAUUGAAAUAAUCUAAAAUUAGCGCCGUAGUGGCCUGCAUAAUCUAAAAUAAUUUAAAUAAAGAUGUCUGAAGUAAUAUCAUAUCAAAAUUUACGAUUUUGUUAUUUUACACUCCGACUUAGUAACUUUGUGCCAAGUUAUGAUAUUAAUAUAACAAGUAGGUUAUAGUUUUAUUUACAAAAUACAUAGAUAUCUGCGUAUUCUAAUCUACUGUUUAACUAAGCCACCGUAACUAUUAUUGUUGAUGUUUAAGAUAUUUUGAUUAAUUGUGCCACUGACGUAACAGGACAAAACGUUCAAAAGUCAUAUAAUUUGGAUUAAGUACUAUAAAUAAAAAAUACCUAAAUGCCAAAAUUAAAUAAUUUUUUUGAGUAAAUGAAAGAUUCCCAUUGAGGCACUUAUUUACUUAUCAAGGUACAGUAUGAAAUUGCGUUAGUUAUACGUAUUUAAAAAUUCAUUGUUUUAUAUGUUAUAGCUGAGUGUUAAUUUUCUUGUCUUAUUCCGUUUGUAAUAUUUCAUGUUUAUAAAUAGAUUUACUAAUAGCUUGAAAUGUUUUAAAACGAAAUUAAUAAAAAUAAAUACACAUCAAA